AUGGACAACCCACAAGCCUUCCUCGAACAUGACCUAGCCAGCAGAUGGCAAGCUCCAGGCUGCGCUGCUGCCAUCGUGAAGGAUGGACAACUACUUGCAAAGCAUGCCUGGGGCUACGCCAACUUGGAGACGAGGGCACCAUUGACAACGGAAACGAUCUUCCCUAUAUGCUCUAUCUCAAAACAAAUGGUAUGUCUCGUUCUCUGGGACUUGCUCGAUGGACCAAAUGGCACGGACAUUGAAGCUAAGAUCUUCGACACCCUCCGUGAGAUCCUGCCCGCCGAGACGAUGUCCAAUCAUGACUUGACCAUCUCGCGUCUCGUUGGUAUGCAAUCUGGGCUCCGGGACUACUGGGCUCUUUCUGUCCUAUGGGGCGCUGCACCUCAGUCCCGAUUCUCCCUGUAUCAGGACGCACCUCAAGCAAUGAAGCGGCUUGGAGGCUAUCACUUCAGCCCAGGCUCGGAAUUGUCAUACUGCAAUUCCAACUACGUGGCUAUCAGCUUGGCGAUCGAGAAGGUGACUGGCCGCACGCUUCGUGAUCUACUGCAAGAGAAAGUGUUCAUGCCCGCGGGCAUGAAGACCGCCGCUCUUCGCCCCGACACGUCUCGCAUUCCGGCACCCAUGGUUGGCUACGAGGGAGGUGAAACUGCUGGGUAUAUUCGAUACGCCAACCGUAUCGAAUGGGCCGGCGACGCUGGCGUAAUGGCGAGCUUGGAAGAUAUGAUCGCAUAUGAGAAGUACGUGCAUAGAUCGGCUGCAGAUGCAAACAGUAUUUACUACAAAAUGUCUCGAGAGCCGACUUAUAUCGAUGGAAACGUUGCACAUUAUGGGUCUGGUUUGAUGCGCGGUAAGCUUGCUGGCAAAGAUGGCAAUCCUGAUAUGGAAUGGGUCGGCCACAGUGGUGGUCUUGCAGGAUUCAGGCUUCGACGCACAUUCUUCCCAAAGCACAACCUUUCAAUCGUUACCCUUUUCAAUAGCGAGAUUGAUACAAUGGCAGUCACGGAAUACGCAGCGAAGCGCCUCAUCCUCGGUGCUUCCAUUGAGCAGACGCUCCCACAGAGAAAGAAAGAUCCAGACUGGGAUGGCUGGAUCAGUUGGACGGGCAACUAUUUCGACCUAGACGCACGCCUUGCGGUCGUCGUCCGCCAGGAUAAACCCCACCACAUCCAGGUCAACUACGGCGGCCAUGACGAGGGCCUCGACCUCACGGGCCGCGGAACAGCCACUUCCAAAUACAUGACAAUCGACACGGCUCCAGACGGUCCCCUGGCAAUUCACCGUCCCAAAGAGAAUCGGGAGUUCGCAGCGCAGUUGAUCCACACGCCAACAAACCCUUAUCACAUCAGAGCCGAUUAUGUGGGCGAGUACUACAGCGCAGACAUUGACUCAACGAUGCACAUUACCGGAAGUGGCAGUGUGCUGUACGCUGCUUUCGACGGGUAUCUUGGCAAAGGCCCUGUGCACACUAUGCGAUACCUUGGGGCGCAUGUGUGGUUGAUGUCGUGCUUCAGGAGUUUGGAUGCGCCUAGUCCAGGUUUCUGGACUGUAGAAUUUGCUGGAGAUGGCGGCGAGGCGGUCACGGGCGCGACGGUGGGAUGUAGCAUUGCGAGGAAGGUCGAAUACAAGAAGAAGGCGUAG